AUGCUGUGCGGCUCGCGAGCGACUUUUGCCCGGACGGCGGUGGCGUUCUUCAACAUGAAGCACUUUCAGACCAAAAAGAAGUACAACCUUACGCCCCAGAACAUUUAUGAGACGUUCUCCACCGUGCUGUUGCCCCGUGACCGACUGCUGCGUCAGUCUGUCUCCGGCGGCGGCGGAUCUCGAGUACUGGUGUUGGAUGCCCAACAAAGGGUGAAGGGGGUUUACCUCCCCGUCUUUUGCAUGCCGCACCCUUCCACCGUCACGAACGGCAGCAACUCCCUGGGUGUGGCAGUCGCCGACUACACGCGCUCCAUUGAGGCAACGUUGGCAAUGCACAAAGCAGGCGGCGGCGGCGGCACUGCGCCAACGUUGCCGACGGUGCUAGUGGUACUGUCGCAUCCGCAAGGACUGGCCUACGGUACCUUUCGAGCCGACGGUACACCAGGUGUUCCAAUGAAGAACCUUGCACUGGCGCCAAUUCUCGCAAAUGCGAGGACCCAGCAGGCGUCGACGAACAUCGCCUCCACACCCCUCCGGACCUCUGGCCUGGGUACGGUGAUGCCGCUGCUGAACGUUUCCCACCGUCAUGCGGAAGUCGUCCGUGACAUCUAUACGGAGCUGAAUGAGUGCGAACACGUUGCAGAGCUAGCGGCCUGCUCUACCUUCGUGUGGGUUCAAAGGGAUAACAUGUCGUCGAUGACCUUUGAAAAGGCGCAAUCCUCUGAGCGAUACUGGGAGCGUGCAAAAAACGACGGUGACAGCGCAGCAGCGCCGCCGCCCGGUGCCAUCUCGUUUCUGGACCGCCGCUGGGUCUUGCUGAUGGACGUUGCCCUUCACCCGGAUACUGGCUUAGGCCUUUACGCGCGCGAUCCCGCCACAGGCGAUCGCAUCGUGAACGCCACCGGGGUGCAGUCUGCCCUUUGCAGAGGGUUGCUCUUGCUCGAUCACGUUCCCCGUACCGUGGCGAACACGGCAAGAGCAGCCAAUCGCGAAACGGGUGUGAGUGGGUGA